AUGGCUCUGGAGUGGCUCUCAAUAUUCCUCACUUUGUGUGGAGUUCUUUCAGGGCAAGUCUUCAUUCUGAUUUCCUUAGACCCUGGCCAUGAGCAGAUGUCUUUAGAAAUGUGCUGUAAAAAUGGGAGAGUCCAUGCUUUGAGAACUCAACACUGUACUUCCCCUCCCCAUACAUCCCAGUCCAACAUCUGCAGGAUGGUCCAGAACCAGUGCUGUCAAGCUGCACUGAAAGAAACUCUCUGUACCAGCGGCAUGACCAAUGCCAAAAGAAAUGGUGUAUGUGACCCCUCGUUUUUUCAGCCAGACCCCUAUAAACUCAACACUGCCCAGAUGUGCUGUGAGUGCUGUGCGCUCGGGCUGCUGGCUCGGAGAGAGAAACAGAACUGUGAGCUGCAGAUUCCUGUUACGGUUCACUGCAGGAACGUGGCGCAGGCCUGCUGUGUGGAAGAAGAGCAUGGCUUAGUCAAGCAAGUGUCUCCUUUGCUGAGUAAUGCCACAACUGCUAAUAAUGGUACUACCCAGCAUACAGACUUAUGUGCAGAAGGGGUAACAAGAUGCUCUCAGCUGUGUGUGGGAAACGGAUCCUGUGUCUGCCUAAGAGGUUUCCACCUAAAAUCCGAUGGCUACAGCUGUGAGGAUUACAAUGAGUGUCUGUCAGGCGCUCACAGCUGCCAGCCAGGUGAAAGAUGCAUCAACACUGAGGGCUCGUACCUCUGUCAGAGAGAAAUCAGCUGUGGAACAGGAUAUGAGCUGACUAACACCAACACCUGCCAAGAUAUUGAUGAGUGUCUGGUAGGAACACAUAGCUGUGGCCGUGAAUUCACAUGUCAGAAUACUGUUGGGUCAUUUCGCUGCCAUUCACGGGAUCAGUGCAGACUCGGUUUCAUCCAGGAUGCUGUUGGAAACUGCAUUGACAUAAAUGAAUGUGUACAUGAGAAGAGCCCCUGUCAACCUGGUCACACGUGUGUUAACACUGUUGGCUCCUACAAGUGCCAGAGGUUCUCGGUAACCUGUGGACGUGGAUAUCACCUGAACAAAGAGGGCACACACUGCAUGGAUGUAGAUGAGUGCACCACACUACACAGUGCCUGUCAGGGCCAUGACUGUGUGAACCUGCAGGGGUCUUUCCGCUGUGACUGUCAUUCUGGAUUUAAGUUUAACAGCAUCAGCAAAACCUGUGAGGACAACGACGAAUGCCGGAGUUAUUCUGGACGCCUAUGUGCUCAUAAAUGUGAAAACACUCCUGGAUCAUACAAGUGCAGCUGUAAUCCUGGGUUCAAACUGGCCAAUGAUGGCAAGAACUGUGAAGAUGUGAAUGAAUGUGAGAACAGUCCAUGUAGCCAAGAAUGUGCUAAUGUCUACGGCUCUUACCAGUGUUACUGUCACCGUGGCUACCAGCUCAGUCGUGUAGAUGGACAUACAUGUGAAGAUAUUGAUGAAUGUGCCUUGAAUUCUGGACGCAAAGUUUGCUUGUAUCAUUGUUUGAACACCCCUGGUAGCUAUGAAUGUACCUGCCCUCCAACCGGCUACUCACUCUCCCCAAGUGGACACACAUGCCUGGAUAUUGAUGAGUGUGCAACAGGAACACACAACUGUUCUGUGGCACAGAGUUGCUUCAAUGUCGUGGGCGGAUUUCGCUGCUUGUCAUUCGAGUGUCCACCCAAAUACCGGCGUGCAGCAGAGACUCGCUGUGAACGCUUACCUUGUGAGCAGAACAGUGAGUGCCAGUCCCUUCCCCUGAGGAUCUCCUUCUACAAUCUCACAUUUCCCACUAACAUCCCUGUACCUGCUGCUAUUUUCCGCAUGGGGCCAUCCAGCUCCGUGCCUGGGGACGACAUCCAGCUGUUUAUCAUGGAAGGUGAUGUUGAAGGAUUCUUCAGUAUCCAGAAAUCAUCUCAUGGUGCAGUGGUGUCUGUGCAUAGACCACUGCUAGAACCCCGGGACUUCCUGCUCACUGUGGAAAUCCGACUGAUUCGAUAUGGGAUCACAAGCGUUUUCGUUGCUAAGAUCGCCGUAUUUGUUGUUGAAGACCAGCACAUCGUGACCAGCAACUGGCCAAAACUGUAACAGUGCUU